UUUUUGUUCGAAGUGACAACGACCUUAUGUACACCACACACGUUGGUUUAUACUACCGUUAUUUUAAUUUGUCUUGUAAUUGUUUUUUUUUAUUAGAUUAAGUUAAAAAUUCGUUAAAUAAUGGAAUAUGAUUACAAUAAAAUCACUUCUGAAUUAGAUGCUAGGGAAAUAUUACGAUAUCUUAACAAUUUAGGUAUUCACAACAUUAGUGGAGAAGUUCUCAAAUACUUUAUUACAGAUUUAAAAAAGUUGAUCAAAUAUGAUCUCCAGCAAAAAGAAAACUCAAAAUGUCCAAGUAAAUGUGAGGUGAUAGGUCCAGAGAGACUACACAGCGCUAGUACUUUCUCAUCACGAAGUAGAAGCAAAACUCAAGAAAGUAUUACCAUCUGUACUAGAAACUGUAUGCAAAAGAAACAGUACAAUAUCAGAAAUGUAUAUUCGGCACCAAGUUUAAAUUGGCGCAGAAUAGAAAAUGUUGACAAACCUGUAAGGCGAGCCUGCUCUUGCAUAAGGGAAGAGAAAAAAAUAGAUGUAGUACCAAAAGACAAAACACUCCUUAGUUCUAAUAAUUUGAUUAAAGUGCCAAAACAACCAGUUAAGAAAAAAUGUGAUCCAGUCUCUUUAUAUCAUUAUUACUCAUCAUUAUGGGAAAAGUACAAACCAAAUGUGCCAGGGGAAAAUGACUGGUCUGAACUAAGAUGGAAUGUGCGACAGAAAAUGGCUGGAGACAUUGCCAUGCCAGAGAAAAAAGUUUGCACUAGAAAAAGAUUAAAAGAAGGCCCAUGUAUGAAAAAUGUACAAUAAGGAAAUAGUAUAAAAUUUAUUGGACCUAGAAAAUCAUUUACAUUCAUACAGGGAAUCUCAUUGAGAAUAAAAUAUACUUUUCAA